AUGUCGACCCUUCUCUUCGAGCAGAUGCCAUUCCCAUACAUCUCCCAAAUCCACGCCGCUGUUCCCGCCAUUGCAUCUUCGACGGGUGCAAUUUUGUUUCUUCUUUCAAGGAUAUUGUCAGGCGAAGAGUCAAAGCCUUUAUACCGUACCAACAUCGUGCUGCAGAUCCUAUUCCUUCUCGUUGGUGGGGUUGGCCUAGCCUUUGCCAUGACCAAGCAUCAUUUCUCCCAUACCCACCCGAUUGAUCUUCUUAUUCACAAAGCCACCCUUCACUAUGACAACUAUCUUCUGCAAGCGGGCGCCAGCAAGAGCCUGGCAGAAGCUGCCCAAGAGUAUCGGAAGAGGUAUCGACAGCACCCCCCACCCGGAUUCGACAAGUGGUUUGAAUAUGCAACGAACCAUUCUUCGGUAAUCAUCGACGACUUUGACCAGAUUCAUGAAAAUCUUCUCCCAUUCAGGGCCAUCAGACCUGCAGAGAUCCGAGACAUGACACAUCAGUUAGCGACAAAUCCUUUCAAUGACCUUGGAGCUAUCAGCAUUCGCAUGGGCCAGGUCAAAGUUCAAGAGGGGAUCAAGCCAACUCAUGCGUGGAUGGUGAAGGGAGCGGCUGAAAUGAUCAAAAAAUUUGCCCAACACUUGCCAGACAUGGACCUUGUUUUCAAUUUGAAUGACGAGCCCCGAGUGGCAGUGCCUUGGGAGAAGAUGUUGCGGUUGAAACAGGCGGCAUGGGCACAGGAACCUGUCCCUCAAGAAGAGUUAGUAGACCGGUGGUCGGGGGGCAGACAGCUUGGCUGGGCUCCAGUCGAACCAGCUGACCAAACAAAUGCGACUAUAUUCACAGACGGUGCCUGGAGAGGGGUUUUUGAUCCCUAUGUCAGUGCAGUCUGUCCGCCCUCAUCCCGUGUGCGCACACGGCGUGUCUGGAACCGACAUGACAUCUGCUUGAGCUGCGCAGCGCCGCAUACUAUGGGCCAAUUCCCAUUAGACUUCAAUCUCGCCACAGAAAUAUGUCAUCAACCCGAUCUCGCUUUUCUUCACGGCCUCUUGAUAUCGCCGGCAUCGUUCAAAGUGUCCCAAGAGCUGAUUCCUGUCUUUAGCCAGAGUGCGCUUACUGGAUUCAGUGACAUCUCUCUUCCCUAG